CACUGAUAGGUGGCACUGACUGGCAGCACUGCUGGGCACUGACUGGCGGCACUGCUAGGCAUUGACUGGCGCAACUGAUGGGCACUGACUGGCACAAACGCUGGGCACUGACUGGUUGCACUGACUGGCAGCACUGCAUUGAUGGGUACUGGUGGGUGGCACAGGUGGGCACAGGUGGGUGGGCACAGGUGGGCACAGGUAGGUGGCACUUCUGGGCACAGGUGGGUGCACUGGUGGGCGGCACUAGUGGGUGGCACUGCUGGGCACCGAUCAUCAGGUACUUUCGUUAGGCUCUGACAGCGUG